AUGGUCCCCCUCGAUCCCACCCACCCCCUCUUCCCGCUGGAAUCAACACCAAAGGCUCUACAGGGAAACUUGUUGCAAACAAACAAUAAAAAAAUCCACAACUAUCACAAUCAACCCCCCGGCCGGCCGUUUCCUGCUGUUCUAGCGGUUCUUUGGGGGGAGCGCAGGGCCAGACCGAGAGAAGAGCAGGAGAGCAGGCAGGUCGAGGCAGCCUUUGGCUCCGCCGCCAGCCCAUUAAAGGAUGCCGUAAAACAACCAGCACGAAAAUCGCGGGUGGCGCUCCCACGCCUCUGCUGCGGACUGAGGACUGCUGCGGGGAUCCAGAAAGCACCACGUCCAUCCGAAGCGCUGCUUGGCUUCCGCAGUCCCGGGGUCGGCAGCAGUAGAAACUUCACAAUGCCCUUCGCGACAAGGGUCUGGCCCCUGGCACCCGUUUGCCCUGAAGACCAGGGAGCCCCGUCAGUGGGGGAGGAAGUGGCCUUGUCCCUGCAGUCAGCACGGUUGGCGACGACGCGGGACCGUGACGGGGUGGGCACAGAUUAUGAAUUAUCAUUUUUAAAAGUCAGGACGACACUACAGGGAAACUCAGGACAAGACAGAGAGCAGCGCAUUUACUCCAGAAAGGACAGAAGGGCUGAAGGAGGCCUUCACAGCACGCUGGGAGCCAGCACUGCCACCAGUGUACUGGCUUUCGACUGGCAUCUGAAGGUAGCUUUCCAACCAUUCGUUCUGCCUACUCCCUUUUUAAAAAUCUCCCAUUUGGGGAUUCCUCCCCAAGAAAGUAGAAGCAAAGCUGGGACCAACAAGGAAAGUUGCCAAGAGAUGAGACCAAGGCUGGGAGGCCCAGCGCAUGAAGUUGGGUGCUGUUUUCAUUUCACUGGGCCUAUUUGCUCCUUAAAUCCCUGGAGACUGCAUGAACCAUUGAAACAGCUUUAGCUAAAGAUACAGUGACCUGCACACUGACUCGCAAUAAAUGCUCCUCAGACCUUAUUCUGCUAAAUGUCUCUGUAUAACUGAUAAUACCUGUAAUGAUCACUCUCUUUGAAAUUUCUUCUCCUAUUAACUGACCAGUUCCUUUCUGUCUUCAUUGAGGAUUUCUUUCUCUCAACUGAUGAUAUUCUCCAGGG